AUGUUUUCUGCCCUUAAAAAGCUAACACGUAGCAAUGAUGAUCGCUGCCCGGCACCAAUGCCUAUGUCAUCUUCUCUCCAGAAGAAGUUUUCUAGAGGUGUCCAUUAUAAUAUGAAAAUCCUCAUAAAAGGUGACAGGAAUGUUGGUAAAUCUUGUCUUUUACAACGACUUCAAGGAGGUUCAUUUAAAGAAGAAUACACACCAACUGAUCAAAUACAAGUGGCUCCAAUACAUUGGACAUAUAAGAAUACAGAUUUUAUUGUAAAGGUUGAAGUGUGGGAAGUCGUUGAUAAAGGACGUACGAAAAAGAAAGCGCCAUUAGGUUUAAAACUAGAGAAUCAGACUGCACCUACUCUCCCAGAAGAAGGGUAUGAAACACCAGUAUUGGAUGCCACAUUCCUGGAUGUCUAUAAAAAUGCUAGUGGAGUUAUUUUAAUGCUUGAUAUAACAAAACCCUGGACCUUUGAUUAUGUGGUAAAGGAGCUCAGCAGGAUUCCUGCUGAUUUGCCAGUAAUGCUACUUGGCAAUCAUUGUGACAUGCAACACCAUCGUCAAGUUCACUCCCAUCACAUUGAACAGGCAUUGCAUAAUGCUAGGAUGACAAGGACGGCGCCAAUAAGAUACGCCGAGGCUUCAAUGAGAAAUGGUUUUGGCCUCCGUUUCCUGCACAAGUUCCUAAGUGUGCCGUUCCUCAGGCUGCAGAAGACAAGUUUAUUGGAGCAAUUGCAACGAAACCAGAAGGACAUUGAAGAAGUUGAAAAGGAAUUGGAUGAUUUUCAGAAAUCAGACGAAUGCCACUAUAACACAUUUGUGGAGCGGCUCGCGAACAAACGUCGGCAAAGUACAGAUGUGGAACCGAGGGUCAACAACGAUCGUUCGCCGAGCAUCGUUCUUGGCGCGGGCAAGCCUAUUGUGCCACCAAAUGUCAAUCCCCUUUUAGCACAAUCGUUAAAUCCGACGCCACCAAAACCAGUAAGUGCUGUAGAGGAAAAACCGAAGCAAACGUACUAUGUGAGCCAAGAGUUGAUCAAUCCGAAAUCCCAUCCCACAGUCAGUAUGGACACCACUCCAUCUAGGAUACCACAAGAUAGUGGCCCUAGCACUUCAUCAGCUAGCAACAUAACGAUUUCUAAUUCUUCUGGGGCUCUUGAUGAGUUUUACGCUGGAACUCUGGAUAGUAGCUUCCUCGAAGAUCUGGCUCCGUUGAGUGUUGGCCAAGAAGAUCAGUAUGAUACCGAGAGCGAUGACGAAAACGCAAUUAACCCUAAAGUUACGAUAGACCAAGAUGACCUAGACUUAGACAACGCUUCGCCUAAGACCAACGUCAGAGACUACACACAUUCCGAUCAAGAUGAAGAUGCUUUAAAACAAGCCACUAUUAGUAAGCAAGCGGAAAAAAGUUUAAGGAGUAUGUUUGGAAACCAAACUAUAUCUGGCGGAGGCGAUAGCGUGCAAAAUGUAUUUGGUAGUGAAUUUAAAACUGACCAAGAAGACGACAAUUUGAGGGGAAUGUUUGUGAAUGAAGCUACUAUAAGUAAUAGUAGCAAUGAAGAUAGCUUUAUGAAUGGACCGGAUGUACUGAAUGACUUUCCGUUGUGGGCUGGAGACUCUAGUGCUCGUCGGUCACCAGAAGGUGGAGAGGACCCUGAUGUCGCGAAGGAACCGGAUCAAAAGGAAAAGAAACACAAAAAGAAGAAAUCGAAAGACAAGGAGAAAGGUGAGAACAGCGAUCGCGUUGAGCGCAAAGACAAAAAGCACAAGCGCAAAAAAUCUAAAUCUGACAAACCGUCGAACCCACAACAGGAUCUGCUCGCGCCAACGUACACUGCUGACUUUAACUAUGAAGAGUACGACAGCAUUUAG